CCGAUCAUUUGCGCGCCACCGCGAUCUCGAGAGGGGAUCUAUCAGAGGGACGGCAGCCACUAUAGCUCUCCAGCGGCAUGCUGCCCUCGCUCGGCGCUCGAAGCAAUCGCAGGGUUAAGCUUCGUGGAUUCAUUGUAUCUCCCUACGAUAAGAGAUAUCGGGCAUGGCAAACCUUUCUGAUCCUUUUGGUUGUCUAUACAGCAUGGGUAUCUCCAUUUGAAUUCGGGUUCGUCAACAGACCAAGAGGAGCUCUAGCCGUUACAGACAAUAUUGUUAACGCAUUCUUUUUUGUGGACAUCAUCUUGACCUUUUUCGUGGCCUAUCUUGAUAGAGUCACAUAUCUUCUGAUAGACGAACACAAGCGGAUUGCAAGGAAAUAUGUAUUCAGCUGGUUUAUUCUGGAUCUUAUUUCCACUAUUCCUAAUGAACUCGCUCGGAAGAUACUUCCAGAAAAUGUCCGAGAUUUUGGAUUCUUUAACAUGCUUCGCUUGUGGCGUCUUCGGAGAGUUAGUUCUCUUUUUGCUCGAUUAGAGAAAGACAGGAACUUCAAUUAUUUCUUGAUUCGAUGUGCAAAACUUAUUUGUGUCACCCUCUUUGCUGUACAUUGUGCUGGGUGCUUCUACUACCUUCUUGCAGCAAGAUAUCCGGAUCCAAGCUUGACAUGGAUUGGAGCUUCUAUGCCAGAUUUUCAUAAUAGAAGCUUGUGGAUCCGUUAUGUGACUGCAAUGUAUUGGUCAAUUACCACUCUUACAACUGUCGGGUAUGGAGACUUGCAUCCCCAGAACAUGGGGGAGAUGAUCUUUGACAUUGCUUACAUGCUCUUCAAUUUAGGAUUGACAUCAUAUUUGAUUGGAAAUAUGACCAAUUUGGUAGUUCAUGGGACCAGCCGAACUAGAAAGUUUAGAGAUACAAUUCAAGCGGCAUCAAGUUUUGCACAAAGAAACCAACUCCCAGACCGACUCCAAGAUCAGAUGCUCGCCCAUCUCUGUUUGAAGUUUAGGACAGACUCAGAGGGGCUCCAACAACAAGAGACUCUUGAUGCCCUACCUAAGGCCAUUCGAUCUAGCAUUUCUCAUUACUUGUUUUAUAAUCUUGUUAUGAAAGUCUACCUAUUCAAGGGGGUUUCUUGUGACCUACUUUUCCAACUGGUGUCAGAAAUGAGAGCUGAGUAUUUUCCUCCAAGAGAAGAUGUAGUCUUGCAGAAUGAAGCGCCAACAGACUUUUAUAUACUGGUCACUGGUUCUGUGGACUUGAUAGAUGAAAAGAAUGGGACUGAGCAGGUUGUUGGAGAGGCCAAGUCUGGUGAUGUUUUUGGAGAGAUUGGAGUACUAUGUUAUAGGCCGCAGCUGCUGACAGCCCGCACCAAGAAGUUGUGUCAGCUAUUGCGUUUAAAUCGUACUUCAUUCCUUAGUAUCGUGCAAUCAAAUGUUGGAGAUGGAACUAUAAUCAUGAGCAAUCUAUUACAGUAUUUGGAAGAGCACAAGGAUAAUGGAAUGGGUGGAAUCCUAAGUGAGGUACAGAGGCUGUUGACUCGAGGUCGGCUUGAUCUGCCGCUCACAUUAUGUGGUGCCAUUAAUAGAGGAGAUGAUUUGAUAUUGGAACAGCUUCUGAAACGUGGUCUUGAUCCAAAUGAAUCCGACAGUACUGAUCACACAGCACUGCACAUAGCAGCUUCCAAAGGAAAUGUAAAUGCUGCUCGUCUCCUGCUUGAUUAUGGAGCAAAUCCCAACAGCAAAGAUCUCCAAGGAAGCGUGCCUUUGUGGGAAGCCAUCCUUGGAAAGCAUGAUGCUGUUGUCAAGAUUCUCUUAGACAAAGGUGCAAAUCUCUCUGCCGGUGAUGUCAGUUUAUUUGCAUGCAUUGCUGCUGAGCAAAAUAACCUCGAGUUAGUAAAGGACAUUGUGCACUAUGGAGGAGAAGUAACUUUACCCAGGGCUGAUGGCAACACUGCCCUUCACUUAGCUGUUUCAGAAGGAAACAUUGAAAUGGUGAAGUUCUUGGUGGACCAAGGAGCGGAAAUCGACAAGCUCAAUAACUUUGGAUGGACCCCUCGUGGCCUAGCCGAUCAACAAGAUCACGAAGAGAUCAAAAGUUUCUUCCAAAGCAAAAGAGCUUGCUCAGAUGAUAUUGACAUCAAGAUUAGUUCCAGGGAACCAGCAGUUAAUUUCAUUGGGAGAUUUCGUAGUGAGCCAGUGAUCCAUUAUUUCACCGAUGAAGGCUCAAAUUCAUCAAGAGGCAGGAUUCAUGGGAUUAGUAGUCAUCGAAGGAGAAAGAUUACUAAUUUUCAGAACUCUUUAUUUGGGAUCAUGUCAGCAGCUCAUGGAAGUAAUAGUAACGAUGGAUUGCUAUCAGUAAUGCCUCCUCUUAGUAGGAGAAGCAUUGAUGACCAAAAUCCUCUUAGAGUAACAAUUUGUUGUCCUGAGAAGGGGCACAAUGGUGGCAAGCUCGUCCUUUUGCCAGGAUCUAUCAAAGAGUUACUUGAGAUCGGAGCUAAAAAAUUUGGGUUCUUGCCAACUAAAGUCCUUAGCCAAGAUGGAGCCGAGAUAAGUGGGUUGGAUGUUCUCAGAGAUGGUGACCGCCUUCUUCUAGUGAGCGAUGAUUGGAGUGGUGAGGUUGACAAUGUUCGAAAAAUGGUAGAUUCAUGAUGAUGUGUAGAGAAAAAAGGCGUCUGUAUGUUUGUAUCGAGGAAUUUGAGUUCAGAUUUCCCUCAAGACUUGAAUCUGAAAACAAGGGUACAUCACAUGAGGAACAAAAUGGAUUGCAUUUCUUACGUACAAGUUUUUUGUCAAAAACUAGCGAUUAUCGGAUGCAAAAUGUACGACAGAUAGACAAAAAUUUUGUACUAUACAAUAUACAAGGAAAGCAAAAAAAUAUAUGAAAAUUUUAAAAUGAGCAAACAGGAAAAAGAAAAAGAAAAUUCUGCAUCUUGGUAAUGUGUUGCGUUUAGUUUCGAUACCGAGGGGACCAGAAAAUUGGUUGACUGUUUUUUUUUUUUUUGCUUUUGGGGACCUAUUGCAGAACAAUAUUGUGUAGUAUCACGUCCUUGUGGUUUAACCUGAGCAAAGUACUGUUAUAAAUUGUUGAGCCAAAG